CACGGUGCGUGUUUCCUCCGUGGGGCCGGAAUAUAAAACAACAAUGUUCUCUCAGUUUGUGUACCUUCUGUUGGCCAUACUUGCGCUGAGUGUGAAGCGCGUUGCGGCGAACGGGUUGGACUUUGGCGAUGCCAGCGCACUGGUUAUUGCCAUUUUGCUAGGGAUCAUCGGCAUUCUGGCGUGCCUGGGACGGUACGCUCGCCGACUGCAGGCCGAUCAGUUCUAACUUGGUCCAUCCAAAACAAAUCCUUCAUUCCCCUCUAGUUUGUAAGUAUGAAUUACUGUUUGAAGAGCAUUCGAACCGCGACCGUGUUCGUCGGCACAAUGCAGCGACAAUGUCCGCUGCUGGCCACAACCCUCCGUUGGCACAUUAAGCCCGCGCCAGAGUGUGCCGCGCGACACUUUUCCUACCAAGCCACGGUUGCUAGUUUUUGGCAAUCGCUUUCCCAAAGUACUCCGGUUGCCUACGUACAGCAGGGACUGGUGGAUGUGCACGAUUUUAGUGGCCUGCCCUGGUGGGCCACAAUCAUGAUCGCAACCGUGGGUCUUCGCACGAUCGUCACCCUACCGCUGGCGAUCUAUCAGAACAAAAUUUUCUCCCGUUUGGAGAAAAUUUCUCUAGAAAUGCCUGAACUGGUCAAGGAACUCAAGCUCGAGACGGCGUACGCAAUCAAGAAAUUCAACUGGUCCGAGAAGGAAGCACGCAUCACGUACAAUCGCUCGCUGAAAAAACAAUGGAACAAACUGAUCGUACGGGAGAACUGCCACCCGGCGAAAACGAUGAUCCUGCUCUGGGGGCAAAUUCCACUGUGGAUCGUACAAUCGGUCGCAAUUCGUAAUCUCGUCUCGAUGAUGCCGGAUCCCACCGCCAUCGGGGCACAGAUCGCCUACACCGAGCUAACGAUGGGUGGCUUUGGAUGGAUACCGAACUUAACGGAUGUGGAUCAUUCGUUAAUAUUCCCGGUCACGCUCGGGAUCAUCAACCUGGCCAUCAUCGAGAUACAAUUGGCUUCGCGAACGAAGGCACCUUCGAAGCUACAGACGGUUUUUACGAACUUGUUCCGCGUACUGAGCGUCGUCAUGGUACCGAUCGCAGCCACCGUUCCUUCGUGCCUCUGUCUUUAUUGGGUCACCUCGAGUGCUUAUGGAUUGGGCCAAAAUCUGUUGCUACUUUCACCACGCUUUCGACGUGCAGUCGGAAUACCGAUCGUGCCAUCGGAACUGUCGCAUCCUUACCAACAUGUUCGCCAAACACUCGCUGCAAAGCUCGGUCGUCUUGGGAUAGGUUCCUCCGGUGCCAGUUCCAGCACGAAAGCGUGAUCGUAGGUUGAAUUAUAUAGUCGUAAGGCCACCGUUUACUUUGGUUUCAUUUUAUUGUAAAUAAACCCACAGAACCGCUUAAGAGUUCUUCACUACUGCUUUA